UGCCACCUGAAACGGGUCGAACUCGGGGUCUCAUGUCCUUGUCCACCGCAAGAUGCGGACUCCCCGCCCGAGAAAUUCUGUAUUCUUCCAUCUCGAAUGCCUUGUCUUCAAUCCGAAACUCCGCAGAACUGCACAAAGUGCACGCACUGGUGAUCACCGCGGGGCUCGACCGAUCCGCCUUCCUCACUGGCAAGCUCAUAAGCAAGUACGCACGUUUUCGAGAGCCCACCUCCUCUAUCUCCGUCUUCGACCGUGUUUCACCCACCAACAAUGUCUACCCGUGGAAUUCCAUCAUCAGAGCGCUCGCCCACAACGCCCUUUUCUCGGAAGCCCUUGGCUUCUACUCCAGGAUGCGAGAUGUUGGUGUUCGACCUGAUGCUUAUACGUACCCUUCGGUCAUCAAUGCCUGUGCGGGCUUGGGUGAUGCCGAGAUGGGUAAGGUCGUGCACCAACAUGUUUCGGAAGCGGGGUUUGGCUCGGACCUGUACAUUGGGAAUGCUCUGAUUGACAUGUACGCUAGGCUUGAUGACAUGGGGAAAGCAUGCCACGUGUUCGGGGAAAUGUCUCAGAGGGAUGUUGUGUCUUGGAAUAGUCUGAUAUCAGGGUACAGUUCAAAUCAGUACUGGGAGGAGGCUUUGUGGUAUUAUAGCGAGUUGAAAUUGGAUGGAAUUCUACCGGACUUGUAUACCGUGUCCAGCAUUUUACCUGCUUGUGGAGGUUUGGUAGCGGUGAGAGAGGGUCGAAUACUUCAUGGUUUGGUUGAGAAGAUCGGGGUAGAUGGAGAUAUCAUUGUGAGGAAUGGACUCCUCUCCAUGUACUUCAAGUUUGGCAAUGUCACGGAUGCUCAGAAAGUUUUUGAUGAGAUGGUAUUUAGAGAUAUUGUCAGUUGGAACACCCUGGUCUGUGGGUAUUGUCAACUGAGAUUGUUUGAAGACUCGAUCCAAUUGUUUAGGGACAUGAUCACCACAUGUACACCUGAUUUAUUGACUGUCACCUCUGUCCUCCGUGCUUGUGGACACUUAGGUGACUUAGAAUUAGGAACAUUUGUUCAUGAUUACUCGGAAAGGAAAGGAAUGGAGUUUGAUACUAGGGCUAACAAUAUUCUUCUAGAUAUGUAUGCUAAAGGUGGCAAUCUACUUGCUGCUCGUCAACUAUUUAAUAAGAUGAAAGAUAAGGAUUCUGUAUCAUGGAAUUCCUUGUUAAAUGGUUAUAUCCUACAUGGGUCAUAUGGGGAAGCAAUGCAGCUUUUUAAGAUGAUGAAGAUGGAAACUGAACCUGAUUCUAUUACUCAUGUGAUGCUCCUGUCUGUAUCUACUCAGUUUGCAGAUAUUUACCUGGGGGGAGAAGUCCAUUGCCACAUAGUAAAGUUAGGAUUUACUAUAGAUUUACGUGUUUGCAAUGCUCUCAUAGAUAUGUACGCCAAAUGUAGCAAGUUGGAGGAUUCUCUGAGAAUUUUUGGGCUCAUGGAUAUAUGUGAUAUAGUUACUUGGAACACGAUUAUCUCUGCAUGCAACCAUCAUCAGGAUUGUUGUUUAGGAUUUCAAAUGAUCAAUGCUAUGAGAAAUGAGGGGCUGGUGCCAGAUGAGGCCUCGUUGUUGGGCAUAUUGCCAAUAUGUUCCUUACUUGCUGCUAAACAGCAGGGGAAAGAGAUACAUGGAUAUAUUUUCAGAUUGGGGUUUGAAUCAAAUGUACCAGUAGGAAACGCACUGAUUGAGAUGUAUUCAAAAUGUGGCAAUCUAAAGGGUGCUGUCGGAGUAUUUGAGCUUAUGAAAGUAAAAGAUGUGGUGACCUGGACUGCAUUAAUCUCUGCUUAUGGGAUGUAUGGUGAGGGGCAGAAAGCAUUGAAAGCUUUCGCACAGAUGGAAGUUGCUGGCAUCCUUCCUGAUCAUGUUGCUUUCAUUGCUAUAAUUUUUGCUUGUAGCCAUUCGGGUAUGGUGGAGGAGGGACUAAAUCUUUUUGACUGCAUGAAGAAUAAGUACAAUAUAGAACCUAGAAUGGAACACUAUGCUUGCACUGUGGAUCUUCUUUCUAGAUCAGGGCAUUUAACUAAGGCAGAGGAUUUUAUCCUCUCAAUGCCGUUGAAGCCGGAUGCAAGCAUAUGGGGAGCUCUACUUAGUGCUUGUCGUGCAAAUGGUAACAUGAAAAUUGCUGAAAGGGUCUCCAAGAGGAUUAUUGAAUUGGAUACAGACAUGACCGGGUAUAAUGUUUUAGUUUCAAACGUGUAUGCCUCAAUGGGGAAGUGGGAACAAGUAAGAUCGGUGCGGAAAUCAAUAAGAUCUAAAGGACUCAAAAAAAGUGCCGGCUGUAGCUGGAUGGAGAUAAAGAAAAGGGUUUAUAUAUUUGGUACAGGGGAUAGAUCCUUCGAACAGUUUGAGGAGGUUUAUCAGUUGCUAGAUAUACUUGGCAGUCUGAUGGCUAAACAAGGCUAUGUUCCUGAUUUGCAAUGUGUCCUGCAUGAUGUUGACGAUGAUGAGAAGGAGGACAUGCUUUGUGGGCACAGCGAAAGGCUAGCGAUAGCAUUUGGUUUGCUAAAUACAGAACCUGGAAGUCCCUUACAGAUAAUGAAGAACCUUAGGGUUUGUGCCGAUUGCCAUACUGUCUCCAAGUAUAUAUCUUCUAUUGUACAAAGAGAAAUUUUAGUGAGAGAUGCAAAUCGCUUCCAUCUCUUCAAAAAUGGAGCUUGUAGCUGUGGUGAUCGAUGGUGAGAGAUCUGCUCAUUUGAUCAGUUAUUUUGCUUGUGCGAGUGAGGAUCAAUAUUUGUUGCCAUGAAUUUUUAACACAAAUUCUCCAGCUGGAGUUUGCUGCUAAGUUUUAUUUUAUCAUAAGAGAAGGCUUGUAUAGUUGGAGGAUUGGAGGCAGAUAAGAAGAAAAGGUUGGGAGGACUUCCUUUGGCAGAUUGCUUAUCAAGUUUAUCAAGGAGAAUAUAUCCUUAAAAAAGACAGGUGUAGGGAAUGCUCAUUGAAGACGCAGUGCAGAGACUUUGGGUACAGCAUAGGGCAUGCAGAUAGACAUGAGAAAUGUGCCAGCCUUUGAGUUGGAGAUUCUUUUCAGUCCCUAUGAGAUGCAGGCCAUGGCAGAGUCCAAAGAGAUAGAAAUAUGGAAAGGAGGGUGGGCCAAAGGCUGGAAUCUAUUAGGUGAAACAGUUUGUAGCAUUGCCAAUGUGGAUGAGCAUUUUGAGCAGUGAAUUUGCAGCAAGAGCAUCCCCUGGAGAAGAGUUAGGACUACUACAUCUUAUUCACAGUACUUGCAUUUUAACUUGAAUGUUUUUUCACGUAAAUCUGGAUUGGCAUUUGCAAAAUUUCUUAUGCAAAACCUUACACAAUUAGUGAAAAGUGGGGUAACAUAGGGAUGGAUGGAUCGUUCUACAAACUGUAAAGUAAUAAACAGGUUGGGUGAGUGAUUAUCCAGUUAAAUACUUAUCUCUCAUGGAGGAGAAAGUGGUUUUCUUUAGUUUACAGUUUGACGAAGCAUUCCUCCGAGAUUACUAGACGAACAAAACAGCUAUCAUAGGAGUAUUUGGACGGACAUUACGACCAGCAAAGAGAAAUGACAAAACAAUAUCAAGUCUAUAUUCAUGAGAAGCAGUCAGACAAAACUAGGCAUGUGAAUUCACGCAUAUGCAACCAUUGGGAAACAGUCCAAUGAUGUGGUCUGCUCUAACACAGUAACUGAUGACAGGAGUUUUGUGGAUGAUGUAUCGAAGACAGAUGAGU